CGACCGCCUGUUCGCCGCGCGCCAGCGCCGCCCGCGCCCGCGCCUCGACCACAAGAUCAUCACGGCGUGGAACGGGCUGAUGAUCUCCGGGUUCGCGCGCGCGGGCGAGGCGCUGGGCGAGCCGGCGCUGGUGGAGCGCGCGGAGAAGGCGGCGCGCUUCGUGCGCAAGCACCUCUUCAGCGACGCCGACUGCCGCCUGCGACGCAGCGUCUACCGCGCGCCCGACGGCGGCGUCGCGCACAGCCCGACGCCCAUCGCGGGCUUCCUGAGCGACUACGCGUUCCUGGUGCGCGGCCUGCUCGACCUGUACGAGGCCAGCCUCAACGGCGAGUGGCUGACGUGGGCGGAGCAGCUGCAGGACGCGCAGGACGAGCUCUUCUGGGACGAGGAGGGCGGCGGCUACUACACCACCGCCCCCGGAGACGCCUCCAUUCUCUUCCGCAGCAAGGAAGAGUCGGACGGCGCGGAGCCGUCGGCGAACGGCAUCUCGUCGCAGAACCUGCUGCGCCUGUGGACGCUGACGGAGCGCGAGGAGCUGCGGCCGCGCGCGCGGCGCGUGCUGGCGGCGUUCCACACGCGUCUGGCGCGCGUGGCGCACGUACUGCCGUCCAUGUGCACGACGGCGCGUCUGCUGCGCGAGGGCCCGGUGUCGGUGGUGGUGUCCGGGCGCGCGGGGGACCCGGCGACCGCCGCGCUCCUGGCGGCGGUGCGCGCGCGCCUGCUGCCGGGCCGCGUGCUGGCGCUGGCCGACGGCGAGUCGCCGCUUCACGAGCGCCGGGAGCAGCUGCGCCGCAUGGCCGAGCGGCCCGCGCGCGCCUACGUGUGUCGGCGCCGGGCGUGCUCGCUGCCCGUCGCCGACCCCGACGCGCUCGCGCGGCUGUUGGACGCCGGCGCGGCCGGGGACGAGGCCGGCGGCCCCUCUGGCUCCCCGUGCGCCGGCCCCGGCGACGCGUA